AUGGAAAAGGAAAUCAUCGCCCGUUUUGAAACGACGUGUAGACGAGGACGAGGACGACGGUUAAGAAAAGAUGAAAAACAAGAUCACCAAUCUGGGAGGGGCGAGAACAACAACAACAACAACAAAAGCGAGGAGGAGGCGAAAAAAAAGACGACGAUUGAAAAGAAGACGAGAACAACGAGCGAGAGCAGUACGUAUCGUCGUUCUGUUUACGGUGGUGGUACUGGUGGGUUCACGUCGUUACCGGCGAGUCCUCCAAAAGAGCCUUUCUUUUUGAAAAAAACUUUUCCUCUGAUUCCAGGAGAAGAAAAAGGAGGAGAAGAUGAAGAAGAAGAGAUAAAGAUCUCCCCGUUACCACCUACGAGUACUACUACUACUACUACUACUACUACUAAAGAAGAAAAAGAACUAGAAGAAGAAGAAAGGACAGACGCACUUUCGCGCUUGCCGAACGACGUCUUGUGCGAGAUAAGUGCGAAAUAUCUGAGCGCGAAAGACGUGUCGAGUUUGGAGCAAACGUCGAAACAAUACAGAGAGAUCCUUUUGCAAAGCGAACACUGUUGGAAGAAUCUGUACGGGAAGAGAUACCGAUGGAGACCUUUCGCCGAGGAACAAGGGUGGGCGUUAGCGGCGACGUUACCGUUCUCGAGCGGCUUGCAAAAAAAGGCAAUCAAACCACCAGCCGAGGGGUGGAAAAACACGAUGAAGAGAGCAGUUUUGAAGUUUUUUCUCGAUGAUGGUGAUGAUGAUACACGAGUAGUCUUGAGAUUUAGCGCGACGAAAGAUAAGGUAGAAAAUAUAAACGAAGGCAUCAAAAACCUGAGAUAUGGAGACGUGUGUUUGUUAGAAGCUGGGACUUAUUACGGAUCGAUUCGUGUUCCGUCUGGGGUACAUUUGCGCGGUAUCAAAUCGUCUCAAAAAGAUUUGGUGCAUAUUGUAGCCGACGACGAGCCGGCAAUAGUGGGCGUUGAAAAUGCUAGAAAGAGCAACGAUAACAUCGUAAUGGUUUCCAACGUAACGUUAUGGAGACACCGCGCCGCUCGAGACGGAUCUAUCGGAUGCUUUGGCCAUCAUCCAAAACACACCGCCUGCGUGCACUCUGAGAGCAAAAAUAUAAAAUUAUCUUUAGAGACGUGCGAUAUCGUUUCGGCGGGUGAGGGCGUUGUCGCGCACGAUUGUGAAAUCAUAAAUUGCGACGUUUCGACCGCCUUAUCUGGCAUCAUCUUGCGAAACGGCGACAUCUCGGGUUGCGUGGUGACUUCUGCCAUCGCCAAGGAUCAAAAAUCUAAAAUCGACAUCGAUUCGGAAGCGUCUUCGAAUUCAUCAUCUGAUGAGGCUGAUGAUCUCGAAAUGCUUGGUAUUAUUACGGAUGAUGAGGGCGAAGAGGACGAUGCGAUAUCGAUCGAUAGUCAAUCUUCGUCCGCGAGCGGAGUGUACGCGUCGAUCGUCAUUUUGGGUUCCGAGGGUGAUGAAGAUUCGGCGAAAGGGGGAAACGAAACUUCCGUGGAUGUGAGAAAUAGUCGAAUAGUCUUGAACUCUUCCCACGGUAUUUCGUGUCUCGAUGGCGCCAACGCUACUGUACGUGGAUGCUUGAUUGCAAAUAACCAAGGUGGUGGAGUUUGCGUCGGUAAAAACUCUAGGAUUAGAAUGUUUGAAAAUCUGAUCGCGUUGAAUACAGGCGUUGGAUUUGCCGUGUGGGGCGGUGCUUACGGAGAAGCUCUUCGGUGCGAGAUUCGAGAAAACUCGCACACUGGCGUGGACGUUUCUUGCUUAGGCGCAGUAAAGGAAAGAAGCGAUGAUUAUUACAUUACUUACGGUGGUGGCGGCGCUUUCGAUGAAAUCGGAGGAAACGAAACGGACGACGAAGAGUAUGAAAGCGAGCUCAUGUCGUUCUUGUUAGCGCAGAGACAACGCUACGCGAUAACGCACCGAAUCGUCUUGAAAGAGUGCCUCAUCGAUAACAACGGGAGCACUGAUAUUAACGUUUCUGGCGGAGCGCACUGCGACGUAUUCGAUUGCAUCAUCCGCAAAAACUCCGACGGGGACGAUAAGAAAACGUGCGUUUUGGUUGAAAACGAUUCUUUUCUCCGCGUCUCUCCGUGA